AUGGCGACGCAAGGGGCAUGGCUACAAUUACAAAUGACCUCAUCACCGAAGUUCAUCCUUAGGACAACGGUGACUUUAAAGGAGCUCGGAUUUGUCACUUCACAGCUCAGUGGCUUAAGAAUCUCGCAUCGUCUCUCUACUGACGUCAGCAACCGUAUCUCCUCCCUUCCUUUAUUUCCCAGUCGUCUUCAGCCAAUUGUCGCAAGGAGGAUAUGUCCGUUUACUGGGAAAAAAGCAAACAGAGCCAACAAAGUAUCCUUCUCUAACCACAAGACCAAGAAGUUGCAGUUCGUAAACCUACAGUACAAGAAAGUUUGGUGGGAAGCUGGCAAACGCUUUGUCAAACUCCGUUUAUCUACUAAAGCCUUAAAGACCAUUGAGAAGAACGGUCUCGAUGCUGUUGCCAAAAAAGCUGGCAUUGAUCUUCGCAAAAAAUAG